UUUGCUGGCCGAAUAGCAUCCGACCACUCAUUGUAUUCCACCCAAGGAAACAGAGAGAGAAGUGAGCAAUGGCGACGAGCACGAAGGGAGAAGAAGAGCAAAAGGGAGGAGGCGGAAGCAGCAGCAGUAGCAGCACAAUCCAUGCUAAGACCCUCCUCAAGAGCGAAUCCCUCUACCACUACAUACUGGAGACCUCCGUCGACCCUCGCGAGCCCGAGUGCCUGCGCGAGCUCCGCCGCAUCUCCGCCGCCCACCCUCGGGGCGUGAUGGCGUCGGCGCCGGACGAGGUUCAGUUCCUCGGGAUGCUGCUGAAGAUCCUGAACGCCAAGAACACCAUCGAGGUCGGCGUCUUCACCGGCUACUCCCUCCUCGCCACCGCCCUCGCCCUUCCCCACGACGGCAAGAUUCUGGCACUGGACACCAACAGGGAGAGUUACGAGCUCGGCCUCCCCGUCAUCCACAAGGCCGGAGUCGCCCACAAGAUCGACUUCCGCGAGGGCCCCGCACUGCCCCUGCUGGACCAAUUACUCGCCGAUGAGAAGAACAAGGGGACGCUGGACUUCGCGUUCGUGGACGCUGACAAGAGCAACUACCUCAACUACCACGAGCGGCUGGUUGAGCUGGUGAGGGUCGGGGGCGUCAUCGCCUACGACAACACGCUGUGGGGCGGGACGGUGGCGGCGCCGCCGGACGCGCCGCUUUCGGAGCCCGACCGGAUGCUCAGCGAGAUCACGAGGGCGUUCAACAGCACCGUCGCUGCCGACCCCCGCGUCGAGAUCAGCCACCUCUCCAUCGCCGAUGGCCUGACCCUCUGCCGCCGUCUCGGGUGAACACCGGCGUACGGGAGCAAAUCUCUUGCAGCUUUUGCUCGCAGCACAAAAUUUCUGCAUGUCGGGCAAUCUGGUUGGUCUACCUGUUGGAAAGCUGAUAAUUCCGUCCUUUCGGAUGACCACUUUGGUCAAUUAGUAUGCAGAAUGUUUUUUUUACCUACUAAACUGCCAGAGAUAUCUCCUUCUCCUAGCUAGGGGGGCUUUUCAUUAAUUGAUCGAAAUAAAAAGGAGAUGCGAACAAAUUAAAAAAAACAUUGUUCAUCAAAAAAUAAAAAGAAGGUGCAAACAAAUAAAAAACUACCUAACAUUGUUCACGGACU